AUGAAGUCCAGAGUCAUUCGCAGCCUCCCUCUUCGAAGGGCGACAACCGCCAUUCCCAAGACGCCCGCCUUUUCCGCACCCAUUCGCGCCGCGAGCAGUGUCUCUCAACGACCCAAUUCCGACUAUGUGUCCUUCCCUGGUGCCCUGAAGAGCGCCUUCACGACCAAGCUGAGCUAUGAGCAUCCCGAGUCUUACAAUGCCCUUCCCACCUAUCGGGUUGUUGAUCAGAAUGGCACCGUGGUCGACCAGUCCUUCCAGCCUGAUAUCUCGGACGAGGCGGUUGUCAAGCUGUACAAGGACAUGUUGUUUAUUUCAAUUAUGGAUUUGAUCAUGUUUGACGCGCAACGGCAGGGUCGAUUGAGUUUCUACAUGGUCAGCGCAGGUGAAGAGGCUGUCAGCGUGGGCAGCUCAAGCGUUUUGGACCCGGAAGACCCCGUAUAUUGCCAGUAUCGAGAGCAAGGAUUCUUCAAGGAGAGAGGCAUGACGACAAAGGAGUUCAUGUCGCAGCUUUUUGCCAACAAGAAUGAUCCUGGCAAGGGGAGAAACAUGCCCGUUCACUACGGCAGCAAGAGAUUAAACAUUCACACAGUUUCUUCACCACUGGCAACACAAAUUCCCCAGGCAUCCGGUGCCGGCUACGCCCUCAAGAUGCAAAAGCUGCAGGAUCCCACCUCCAAGGCCAAAGUGGCAGUAUGCUUCUUCGGCGAAGGUGCCGCCAGCGAAGGCGACUUCCACGCCGCCAUGAACAUUGCUGCCACGCGAUCAUGCCCCGUCAUCUUCAUCUGCCGCAACAACGGCUACGCCAUUUCCACACCAACACUAGACCAAUACCGCGGAGACGGCAUCGCCAGCCGCGGCAUCGGCUACGGCAUCGACACUAUCCGCAUCGACGGCAACGACAUCUGGGCAGUCCGCGAAGCUGUCAAAAAGGCCAGAGAGAUGGCUCUACAAGAUGGCGGCAAGCCCAUCCUCAUCGAAUGCAUGACUUACCGUGUCUCUCACCACAGCACGUCAGACGACUCGUUCGCCUACCGUGCCCGUGUGGAAGUAGAAGACUGGAAGAGACGUGACAACCCUAUUACGCGUCUUAGAAAGUGGAUGGAAGCCAAGGGCUGCUGGGACGAGGCCAAGGAGAAGGAGGCUAGAGAUAGUCUGCGAAAGGAGAUCCUCAAGGGUUUCUCGGAGGCUGAGAAGGAGAAGAAGCCUGCACUGAGGACUAUGUUUGAGGACGUCUAUGAGGAGCUGACGCCAGACCUGAAGGCGCAGAUUAAGGAGCUCCGCGAGAUGUUGGAUAAGUACCCUGAUGAGUAUGACUUUUCAGAGUACGAUGGUGGCAAAGAGUCAUUGAAGGUGUAG